CAUAGCGUCCUUCGAAGUAAGUGCACGGUUUUGGAAAGCUCUGAGUUGAUUGCCGAGUAGUCGAGUACUACAUAAGGCCCCAAGACAGAGGUGGUGUCCUUCCGUGCCUUAUUGCCAAAGUCGCUGUGGUUUACUCGUACAGCUACAGUCAAGGUAGAACGAAGCGAACUGCAUUGUUUACGUCCAUUUUAAGGUCGGACUUCUGUAGUGAUUUUAUGUCAGAAAAAUAGUUAGAAAAUCGCUAGUUGAACUCGUUUAAACUCUUGGUCAUUUUAUAAACAUGGACGCUGUUUAAGCUUUUUGUUUAAAGGUUCGUUGAAUGAUUGACCUCAUUAUAUAUACAUAACCACAAAAAAAUAGUAAUAAUAAUUCCGUGAUUCGUAGCAACUAGAGCCAUGGCUUCCGCAACUCGCCACACCCUGCGAGAAGCCGACGUCUUCAAGUUUUACGCGAAGAAGGGCGGGACGAAGAACGUGGACGACAUGCUGCACUACAUCUGGAAAUUCGAGGCCCCACGACUGAUGUGGGCUCCCUCCCUCAAGAACGAGCACACGGCGGACAGGCUACGCAUCGAGGGGCACUGCUUCUACAGGAAGAGGAAGCUGACGAAGGCGCUCCAGAUGUACAACCUGAGCAUCAUGAAGGCUCCUCACCCCGUCGUGAGGGAUUCGGUUUCACACGAAGGGCGGGAGGCCUUCCUUGCGAAUGCAGGAGACAGAUUCCGCAUCCCCGACAUCGACCCGUCGGAGUACGGCGGCAAAACCGACGGAGGGAAGACCCGAGCCUUGGGGCUGGGCUUCUUCGCCAGGUCGACCGUUCUGUUCGACUUGCAACUGUACAGGGAGUGCUUACGAAACAUUGACUUGGCAAUCGAAUACGGGUGCCCCGAAGAAGCUCAUUCAACGUUGCUGGCGCAGAGGGAGCGUUGCUUCGAAGCGUUGCAAACGAGAAAAGAGACGUGGUCCGAGGGCACUCCUUCGGAAGCGCUCUUCUUAGACCCAGAGGACGAAGAGCUGCCGGGGGAGAUUGCAGCCUCUAGGAAGAGGUAUAGGACUCCCGUGUUAGCCGAGUCCAAUCCCCGAAUCCCGUCUCUCAGCAGUGCUUUGCGAGUGAUCAACGUAGAAGGAAAAGGGAGGAGCGUCUUUGCCACACGAGACAUAAAACCAGGCGAAGUGAUAGGAGUGGACAGAGCUUACGCCUGUUACAUAGACGACCUGGAAAUGGCUCCCACCACAUGCAGCACGUGCCUUUACAAGACCCUCCUGCCCCUGCCAUGCCCGGGAUGCCCUCACGUUGUAUUUUGUAGCAAAGCAUGCCGCGCCAGGGGACUGGCAGAAGACCACUGGUUGGAGUGCAAGAUCAUGACACCGAUGACCAAAGAACGUUCGAAGAUCAUGAUCGGGGCGUACAAGAUGCUGAAGACCUUGGAUCACCCAGAGUUCAGCAGAGUCACGUCGGCGCUGAGGAAAGAGGCCGCCUCCUACAGCAGCAGCUGUCCCGAGCACCUCAAGGGAUUCAGUCCGAGGGGAACUUACAGCUCCAACUCUUAUCGGUCUCUUCACCAUCUGCAUUACAACCUGGACACCCACAGCCCCCGAGAGGCUGUUCGGCCUGUGCCUGGCGGCUUCCCGCGUCGCCAGGGUGAUCGAGGGAAGUGGGAGGUACUUCGUCAACGCCCUGGGGGAAGCCGUGACGCCGACGAAGGAGGACCUCGUGUCGCUGAGCAGGACUCUAGUCAUCAAUGCGGAUAAACUGUACAAGAACACGUUCGAGUGCGGGGCCGGGGGCAAGGCUGGAUGCUCCGGGAUCUUCCCGUCUGUGAGCUUCUUCAACCACUCCUGCAACCCGUCGGUUGGGUACCGUCACCGCGGCCGCAACAUGACCAUGUAUGCCCAGCUGCCCAUCAAAGCGGGAGAGGAGGCCACCAUCGCCUACACGGACGGCUACUUCUUCUCAGGGAGGGACGACAGACGGGACUACCUGAUGGACUACGGCUUCUUCUGCCAGUGCAGGUCCUGCGAGGAGGACUGGGACGCCGUCGUGGACCUCCCCUUCAUUCAACUGAGGUGUCUCCGCUGCGGGGAGAAGGCUCCCGACGGAGCGGCGCUCUGCUCCAGCUGCUCCGAGGUCUCCGGAAAGGCAAAGGAGCAGAAGGGGGAGGCGCGACUAAUGUAUUCCCGCUGCGGGGAACCGGCGCCGCCCGGCGAGUACAUUGUCGUCUGCCCCGACUGCGGCUGGGUGACCGGAGAGUUGGGGAAACAGGAGGAGGACGAGAUGGAGUCGCUCUUGGAGCUGUUGCAAGAGUCGCCCGGGAGUCUGAUCCGGGCUAAUGCUGUCUCCGACCGAGAUUUCGGUCGUCUGUGCCGGGCCAUAGAACUGUUGCACGAGCAUAUGGCCAUGCCCUGCGAGGCUAUUUGGAUGCUCUUGACGGCACUGGAGUCCUGGUUUUAAUGGACACUUGGCAGGAUUGUAACAUUGAAAGUCUUUGGGAAAGACAAACGUUUUAGUUUUGAGUUUUAGCUUGAUGGCCAGUUCGAGGAAUUAUGAAAAUCAAGUUUUUGGGAGUCAGACAUUUCAGUUUGAGUUUUUUGGGGAGAGACCACAUUUUAUUUUUUAGUGUAAUGACCAGUUCGAGGAAUUAUGGAAUUACAAUUUGUGGGACAGACAAUAAUUUUAGUUUCUAUCUUAAAACGCCAAGUCAUUUGGCGCGAAGUGUAUUUUAUGUUCAGGUGUGAGAGAUAUAUAUAGAAGACCUUUUAUUAAAUACAUUGACAUGCA